AUGGGAAUGGGCUUUCCGGAUGUUUUGGAUCUCGCCUUUGAAGACGGCGAGGUUGACGGCAGCUCGGAGUUCUCGGUGGACGGAGGAAACGGGUCGAAGGAGGAAGACUUCAAUCCUCCCCCAGGCUCCCCGCCUUCGCCCGCCAUUGCGACAAUUGACGGAGUGGCCCGUGCGGAGCUUGCUCGGCGCCCCACUUAUCGUGCAUGCGGCUGCUCUCAGUGGGUGGGAAGUGGCCCCCCCGCGGUGCCAACUGGAGCUGAGGUCCCGCUGGAGUCGCUGUCGAUCCAGUCACUGGGCCGUGUGAGUGCUGAGAGCAGAGCCGAGCAAAAUUUCCAACGCCUUCGAUGA